AAAGCCUCUUAUCUUAUUUUGUUUGAAGAGCUUUAUUACUAUCACAGAGUACACUUGGUGAACUUUUGCCCAUAGUGCACGCUGAACCAAUAUAACUGCUGAGAUAAGAAUAUUCAUGAAGCAGUAGGUGUGGAAUUUGGACCGUGUAAGCUUGUGUAGCCAUUCCAGCAUUUGAAUAGAGUUGGAGCUGGGUGAGAAUUAUUAUUAAUGUAAAAAAGAUUAAUGUUGCUUAUCUAAAGUAUGGCAAAAACGCACUGUCAAGUAAAAACAAUAGGGGUUUGAUUGUUUUAGCAAGAUUUAUUGUCACCAGCGAUUGACACGUGGCUGAGAUACAGCGGAGGGCACGGCGGCCUCAGUGUGACUACGAUGGAACUCCUCUCUCUCCUUGCUGGGGCUGCAGUGAUAGUGGCUUGCAUUCUGCUGGCCUCUUGGAUAUUCUGGCCGCAGCUGUGGCUGGGUGCUUGGCGCUCCCUGCGUGUCCUGCGCAAUGCGGUGUACAGGCACCGCUACUUGUCCCGCAAGCCCCUAUUCUCCGUUCUUGACCGGCUGCUCGAGCGAGCGUCCGCCACUCCGCACAAGGUCUUCCUCACCUUCGAGGACGACAGAUGGACGUACGAAGAGUUCGUGCGCGACGUGGCUCGCACCGCGCACGCCCUUCAGGAGUUUGGGGGCGUGCGCCCGGGCGACACCGUGGCUCUGCUAAUGGAGAACGAGCCGGCGUUCUUGUUCGUGCUGUUCGCGUGCACAUCCCUCGCGUGUCCCGCCACCCUCAUGAACACGAAUCUGCGCGGUCGCAUGCUCCUGCACUGCCUGACCACGAGCAAAGCACAAUUCCUGGUCACUGGUUCUGGGCCACUAUUGGUGGCGGUGGAGGAAAUUUCAGUGGAGAUGAAUGAGCUUCAAAUCCGUCCCCUGACCAUGGGCGAUGCAACCCCCGGGUCAGCUGUGCCAUCACUCGCCUCCACUUUCCGUGAGGCCCCCUGCAACCUCCCAGCAGCCAGCGUGCGUGCGCACAUCACCGCGAAGGACGCCUUCAUAUACAUCUACACGUCCGGCACCACUGGACUCCCAAAGGCUGUGAAGGUCAGCCACACGCGUGCAUGGUGCGGAAACUUCAACUACUCAAUGUCUGGCGUAAGAGCAGAGGACGUGGUGUACAUCUUCCUGCCACUCUACCACAGCUCGGCUAUCAUGGCUGCGUUCAUCGGUUCCCUCGACAUCGGUGCGCGCUUGGUUCUGCGGAGGAAGUUCUCCGCGAGCCACUUUUGGGGAGACUGCCGCCGGCACGGCGUCACCGUGUUCCAGUACGUCGGCGAGAUCUGCCGCUACCUCCUCAGCCAGCCCAAGAACGAGCUGGACCGCGUGCACUCGGUACGCAUGGCCGUGGGGAACGGAAUGCGAGCAGACGUGUGGGCGCGUUUUCUUGAGCGGCACGGGGACGUGAGAUUCUGCGAGCUCUACGGCGCCACCGAGGGCAACGUGGGCUUCGUCAACGUGGAUGGAAAGCUCGGGGCCUGCGGCCGGGACCUGCCCUUCCUGCGUCUCCUGAUAAAGUAUGCUCUGGUUAAGUAUGACCAUGAAAAGGAUGGACCCGUGCGUGAUGACAAGGGCUUCUGCAUCCCGUUACCCAGAGGACAGCCAGGUCUCCUGGUGGCCCCGAUCUCGAAGCACAUGCCAUUCGAUGGUUACUUGGGGAACGCCGAGUUCACGCAGAGGAAGGUUCUGCACAACGUGUUCAUGCAUGGGGACCGCUACUUCAACUCGGGAGACAUCAUGCGCAUCGACAAAGAGGGCUUCAUCUAUUUCAUCGACAGGGUUGGGGAUACUUUCAGGUGGAAAGGUGAGAACGUCUCGACCAUGGAGGUGGCAGACACUCUGGGUGACCUGGACUUCAUCAAGGAAGUCACAGUGUAUGGUGUCACCAUCCCAAAUAACGAGGGCCGGGCCGGCAUGGCAGCUGUGAUCCUGGAGGAGGGCCACUCGCUUGACGGCCCGGAGCUGUACCGCCACGUUGUAGGACACUUGCCAACAUACGCCCGCCCUUACUUCAUCCGCUUGCAGGAAGCAUUGGAGUUGACGAACACAUACAAGCAGAUCAAGACGCACCUCUUGCAGGAGGGCUUCAACCCGGCGCUCAUCCGUGCGCCCCUGUUUUACCUGGACAGUGCAGCGUGCAGCUACACGCCACUAACGCGACAAAUCUACGAGGGCAUCGUCAGUGGAAAAGUGAAGCUCUGAGUGACGAGCGUGAGGGGUUUGAGCCAAGUAAUUCCUCAGAGAAGGGAUCAGAAUCAGAAUCUGUAUUCAUCCUGGAGGAAUCCGAUGUGCUAUGAAGCUCUUUUUUUACAAAUGUCCAGUCGGGGCAGGUUAGUCAGAAAGUUAGGAGGAACCAUGGUGCUGAAGUAAUGCCUCAAUUUAAUAAUAAGAGGCUGAUAUCUGACACCAGUUGGGAUUUUUAUUAAUCCAGCUCAAUUCCUGAGCCACCGAGCCAACUCAGUAUUUUUAGUCUUUUGUGUCAUCCGAAAGCAGAGUUAUGAGCGAACACCUACACAUAAUAUGUAAUGACAAAUAUCUAUACUGCCAUUUGCUGGCCACCUUGAAGGUUGCAGUCUCCAUUGUGGUCAGCGUGCUAUGCUAUGAUCUCGGUGACCCGAGUUCAAUUACUGGUCACGGCCAACGUUUGUGGCGGGCGGUAUCCUCCACCAUUCUCUAACCUGCACUGCCCAUCAUGCUGAAUUAUGGUCAAACAGCCCCUGUGACCAAUAUGGAUUGGAGGUUUUCAAUCAGCAGUUGCUCGUUAAAUGGUUGUAACAACUGAGCAAUCUCGUAGUGCUGUUGGUGAUUAUGGUCAUGGCGCUUGGGGAUAUUCAAGAUAUUUUGUGCAAUGCCUCCCCAUAACUAGGUGGCGAGAGGAGUACCGCGGUGGAGAAAUGUUAUCUCCCUUGCUUGGUAUGCAAGCAGUCGUGGGUUCGAUCCCAACCCUGACGCCUGCUGUAUAUUUGGAGUUUGCGUGUCUCUCUCCCUGUGGUCGAGUGUAUUUUUCUCUGGGUCCUCCGGGUUUCCCCUCCACUUUAGAAACAUGUUUCUUUAUUUCGUUGCUAUAAAAUUUCACAUGAUAAGCACUUCGUUGCGCUAUCAUUUGUGACCAGGUCGCUUCUGAAAAAUAGCUAAUUGGGUUGACCUGGUAAAUAAAAGUUAAUAGCUUUAGAUAUUAUAGCUGUUCAAUAACUAAAGACGUUUCCUCUGACCCAUAGAAUACAGACCAAUGGGCAUAAGGUUAUAAAGCAUGUCCAGGCAAUGAUAGUUAUAAAAUAUUUGAUAACGAAAUCACUACCUUUUUUUCCCCAAUGACAAAUGUGUAUUUCUAGUUUAAAAACUAUGUAUAAGAUAAAAUUACAUUAAAAUUGUUUAUGAAAGAACAUAUAU